GGAAGGAGGGAAAGAUAGACAGGGGAGACAGACAGGAGGCAGAGAGACGGAGACAAGGAAGCCCCGAAAGAGAGCGCUUCACCUCGACUGACCGUCUGUCGCGUUGCGAAACACCACUCAGCGGUUUGACGGCGGCAAAAUAACUGAAGACGAGAUGUGACUGGCCUUUUCUUGGCUUAUUUCACAACCGAGGGGCAGCAACGUAAACACAGCCGCAGUGAUCCCAUCAUCCCACGCCUUGUGGAUUAAUCCCUUUAUCUAAAGGGAUGCCCUAUUGACUGCUGCUUUCCAACAAAGCCCAUUGAUUACAGCGAGGGUGCUGUAAAGGCCUUGAUCACAGCUAUGUCACUGCAGCAGGAUAUUUCAAGUCACAAAAGAGUACAGUAAAAGACCGACGGGAGUUUCAGCUGUUACAUUUAGAACUUCAGAUUUAUUUUGUUGGGACGUCCGUCUUUCAUUUGUUGCUUUCACUGAUCUGAGUUUUUGCCUAAUUUAAGCAUGCAUUUUUGAUUCACUUGAUUUGUCCAUUUGAACAAGACGCUCUUUCAUCUCUACAGUACACACAACAUAUUCUCUUACCAUGUACGGUAGCUCCCGUUCCAUCUCAAAGCUGGAUGUGGUUGGAUCCAAUGGUAACGGGUCAGUGUCUGGGAGUCCCGGGCGCUCCCCGCGCCUUCCUCGCUCCCCACGACUUGGACACCGGCGAAACAGCAGCAGCAGCUCCGCCGGCGGACUCACUGGGUCCGGUAAAACCCUGUCCAUGGAGAACAUUCAGUCUCUAAACGCCGCCUAUGCUACAGGUGGUCCGAUGUACUUCACCGACACAGCUGAAGACCCCGUUGGCAUUGGGAGCCUGGGCAGUGGGCUGAACCCCUCAUUGCCCAAAAGCACCAUGACCCUUGGCAGAGCUGGGGCCAGGGUCCCCUAUGGGGUCAGGGCAGUCGUCAUGGGGAGCAGUCCUAAUAUAAACACUGGAGGAGGAGGGGGAGCGGUCCUGCCCAGCGAUGCCAUAGCGUUUGGAGGGGAGAUGCAAAACCAGCCCUCACAGGCGGCUACUGUGCCACACUCCAUGAGACAGGUGAGAGAUGGUGCAAUGUCCGACCUGCAGACGCAGUUAAGAGAAGUGCUGAGAGAGAACGAACUACUGCGCCGAGAUCUGGAGGCUAAAGAGUCCAAGUUGAGCUCCUCCAUGAACUCCAUUAAGACAUUCUGGAGUCCAGAGCUGAAGAAAGAGAGGGCGCUGAGGAAGGACGAAGCCACAAAGAUGGCCGUGUGGAAGGAACAGUACCGAGUGGUACAGGAGGAAACACAGCAUUUUCAGUGCACCAUCCAGGCUUUACAAGAUGAGCUCAGAAUCCAGCGAGAUCUCAACCAGCUCCUCCAGUCCGAUUACUCAGAGUCCGGUCUCCUCGGAAACCAGCCCCUCACCCCUCAGGAAAUGACAGAGGAGAACUUCCUGCGCCUCCAUGGCGAGUAUGAGCGACAGCUCAAAGAGCUCUUCCUCCUGAGGAAGACCGUGGAAGAAAUGGAGCUAAGGAUAGACACACAGAAACACACACUAACUGCCAGGGAUGAAUCCAUAAAGAAGUUACUGGAAAUGCUGCAGAGCAAAGGCCUGUCGUCACGGGCAACUGAGGAGGACCAUGAACGAACGAGGCGACUGGCCGACGCUGAGAUGACCAUCCACCAACUGGAGGGCCUGCUGGAGCAAAAAGACAAGGAGAUGCUACAACUCAGAGAGGAGCUGCACAGGAGAUACGAAGCAGCUCCAGAAUCAACCAAGACCAAGGCCUUGCAGACAGUCAUUGAAAUGAAGGACGCGAAGAUCAGCUCGAUGGAGCGCGGCCUGAGAGAGCUGGAGGAAGAGGUGAAUAUGCUCAAGUCCAACGGGGCUCUGAGCAGCGAGGAGAGGGAGGAGGAGAUCAAACAGAUGGAGGUCUACAGAUCCCACUCCAAGUUCAUGAAGAACAAGGUUGAGCACCUGAAGGAAGAGCUAGCGCACAGCCAAUCAGAGAAGGAGGAACUAAGGCAACGAGCCAAUGAGCUUCAGCGGGAGGUGUCUGCAAUGGAACAAGUAAAGCAGGACCUGAGUCGUAAGGACAGCGAGCUGUUGGCUUUCAGGACCAAACUGGAAACUCUGAACAAUCAGUUUUCUGACAGUAAACAGCACGUGGACGUACUCAAGGAGUCACUCACUGCCAAGGAACAGAGAGCCGCUAUACUACAGACUGAAGUGGAUGCUCUUCGUCUGCGUCUCGAGGAAAAGGAAUCCCUCCUCUCUAAAAAGAGUCAACAGAUCUCAGAGCUGACGGAGGAGAAAAGUACUCAGCAUGGAGAGAUCACGGACCUCAAAGACAUGCUGGACGUCAAGGAACGCAAAGUUAAUGUCCUGCAGAAGAAGAUAGAGAACCUCCAGGACCAGCUGAGGGAUAAAGAGAAGCAGCUGAGUGGUCUGAAAGACAGAGUCAAGUCUUUACAGACGGACACCUCAAACACUGACACAGCACUGGGAACACUGGAGGAGGCUCUGGCUGAGAAGGAGCGAAUCAUCGAGCGGUUAAAGGAGCAGCGCGAGAGGGAGGAAAGAGAAAAGGGGGAGGAGGUGGAGUCCACCAAGAAGGAGCUGAAGGAGUUGAGGGAGAAAGUCUCCCAGCUGCAGGCUGACCUGGCUGACCGUGAGACCUCGGUGUUGGAUCUGAAGGAGAAGGCUUCCUCUCUGGCUUCCUCUACUCUGAAGAAGGACAACAGGCUGAAGUGUCUGGAGAUCAGCAUGGAGCAGAAGAGAGAAGAGUGUGUCAAGCUCGAGAACCAACUCAAGAAGGCUCAGAGUGCAGCGGCAGAUUCCCAGGCCAGCACUGAACUCUCCGAACGCAUCUCCUGCCUGGAGCAGGAAGUGGCCCAGCACAAAGAGGAUGCUGGGAAGGCCCAGUCCGAGGUGGAACGGCUCCUGGAGAUCCUGAGGGAGAUGGAGAAUGAGAAGAAUGACAAGGAGAAAAAGAUCCACGAGUUGGAGAGGCAGAUGAAGGACCAGUCGAAGAAGGUGGCCAACCUGAAACACAAGGAGCAGGUGGAGAAGAGCAGGAACGCCCAGCUGAUGGAGGACGCCAAGAAGAGGGAGGACAAUCUGAACGAGAGCUCCCAGCAGAUUAAGGACGCCCUCCGUCAGAAAGAGGAGCGCAUUGAGGAGCUGGAGGAGGCGCUGAGGGAAAGCGUUCAGAUCACAGCGGAGAGGGAGGUGGUGCUCGCCCAGGAGGAGCAGGCACGCACACAGUCUGAGAAACAGGUGGAGGAUCUGCUGGUUGCCAUGGAGAAGGUGAAACAGGAACUGGAGGUGAUGAAAGCCAAGCUGUCAUCAACUCAGCUCUCACUGGCCGAGAAGGAAGGUCACCUGACCGCCCUGCGGGCCGAGAGGCGGAAGCACCUGGAGGAGGUCCUGGAGAUGAAGCAAGAGGCGCUGCUGGCAGCCAUAAGUGAGAAAGACGCCAACAUCGCCCUGCUGGAGCUCUCCUCGUCCAAGAAGAAGAAAACCCAGGAAGAGGUGGCAGCUCUGAAGAGGGAGAAGGACAGUCUGGUUCAUCAGCUCAAACAGCAGACUCAGAACCGUAUGAAGCUGAUGGCGGACAACUACGAGGACGACCACCUGAAGGUGUCCUCCCCAAACUCAGAGCUGCCCAACAAUCACAAACCCUCCCCAGACCAGAUUCUCUCUCCUCUCCUGGAUCUCAAUCAGAAUCGCAGCAAACUGAAGCUGUACAUCAGUCACCUGACCUCACUGUGUCAGGAGCGAGACCCAAUCAUACUGCAGGACUUCGCCCCGCCCCCUGCCUAUCACCGCUCUGACUCCGCCUCCUGGCAUACGCAGCUGCACAGCAUGACGCAGGAACAGUUGGAGGCGGAGUUAGCGCUGUGCGAGAGGGAGGGGGCGGAGCUCCAGGAGUACGCCAAUCAGGUCCUGCAGCAGAUCGCCGACCGAUGCCCCGACAUUCUGGAACAGGUGGUCAACGCUCUGGAGGACAGCUGCUGACACUCGAGUGCAUGCGCGCCGACAGAAGCAGACAUAAGCUGACGUACAUACAUGAACGAGCACGCAGAAGCAGAAAGCAGCUCAACACUCACCAACAUCAGAAGUCUCCAGAAAGCCCCCCCGAUACACAAACUCACAGCGUCGCACCUGAGGACGAAGACUCUGCUCCACCUGCUCUUCUUCACCCAUCUCACCUUCACAAAAGGAGAUCUACAGAAAAAAAAAAAAAAAGCAAAACUCUUCUGCCGUGUUUUUUGUCGUCUAAUUUUGAACAAACAGUGGGGGGAAAUAUUGUUCACUUCAAAUGCAAGGUAGCUGACAAACAGUUGAUGUAUGUCAAGAUGUGUUUUUCCGAACUCCCCCGAUACAGAAGCGCUCGCCAUCAGCAGCGGCCAUCUUGCCUCCUUCCAGGCGAUCUGGAGUCGGAUCUGCGAUCGUUGACUACGGAGGGAGAGAGAGAGAAAAAAAAAAAGAUUUUCAGACUGUAUAAAAGUGGUGAGAGUCAGUUGAGGUUAGCAGGUUGCUUCUGAUGCCAGGCUUACACGCUGUUACCACAUCGUUAUUUGAUUGGUUCAGAUACAAAAGUGUGUUUAUUUCAGCUGCCUUUGAUUCUUUACAUCAUUUGCUGCUAUCUUUUUCUCUUUUUCUGUCUCACAUCUGAUGAAACGUCCCAACUCGCAGCGUCUUUCAGCAGUAAUCUGGACAUAGUUGUGUAAAUUGUAUAGAGAGGAUUUUAAUUAACGGAAACACGGCGUUCGUCAGGGGAACGAGACACUUUCAUGUUUUUGGGUUGUUUUUUUUUGUCCGUGAUUGAUGAAAGGCAAAAACUAGAGUAAAUCUCGCAGAGCUCCCUUUAUUAAACACAGCAGUGUAGAUGUUUUUGCGUUUCUUUGUCCAGUUAUGGCAUCUAUGCUGAAUCUUUUACCCUUUUGUGACAAUCCCUUUAGAGUUCACACGUUUCUCUCACUGAAACAUCUUUUGUUGCUGUUUUUUCUCGGGAAGGAGGGAAUAUGAAAUAAUUGCUCUAUAUUUUUUUGCCUUUGCUAAUAUAUAUAAACACUAAUCUUGUUUUAUUGAAUAUCUCGUCAUGUAUUGGUUGGUAUGUUACAUAAUGUGUUUUUUUCUGUGUGUGUGUGUGUGUGUGUGUGAUUUGCAAGUAACCGCAGAUGUGUUCCAUGAGACUGUUACUGGGAACGUCUACUGCACCUACAUGAGGUUCUGUGUCCACCGGGAACAUUUCCUCCCAAUCAGUUCCUUGUUCUCGUUGUUUACAGUGGAAAUGACAGUCUGAUGCAUGUUUCCCGCAGCGCUGGCAGCCUUCGCAUGACUUUAAAUGCUUACAGCGCCGAGCACGAGAGGUUCAAAUUGUUUCAGCUUCAAUCAAAGGCUCCUGUAAUGGGUUUUCUUUUUUCUUUUUUUCUUUUUUUAAGUCUUGUACAGUCGUGAGUGCUGGAGCCGUGAGCGGCCACAUGCAACUGUUUAGCGCUGCAAAAGAAAAGAAAUACCUGGUGGACACAAAGCCUGAAGAUGGAGAUUAACGCUGAACGCUCACAUCUGAUUUUACACCAUCGUUUCUGAACGGGCUGAAAAAAAAAGGUUCCUUUUCAGCCCCAAAGCUAAAAAAACACCACAUGGGUGCGAAGGAGGAGUUUCAUUCCAAAACAUGGCAAGUCUGUUUUUUCUGUGCAGGUUCCUCGAACGUUUAAAGUUUGAAAGUGUUAAAAGCUUUAAUGAUCACGAAGGUCUGAGAGAAAGACAGUUUGGAUUAUUUUGGAAUGAAAGUCCGUCGGAUAUGAGCUGGCGUUGUGAAUCCGGUAUUUUGUCUGUUUUAUACUGACCACGUUUUGUCUUUGGUGACGACUGGGACUCACCGUGACUUUGCUGUGGAUUGAAAAUGGGAUUGAGAGAAUGGAAUAAAAUAUGGAUUUAUCUUUAUUUUGUUGUGAAAAAUAUUCUUUCUGUCAUUUAAUCCGACUCAGUAACGUCAGAUGUCUGCCUGCGAC